AGUCUUUUGUGUUAGAGCAGCUGAGCAGCACCCUCCCAGUAUAUGGGGAUAAGACAUCAUUGUAACAAAGCUCAAUUACUAUUGGCUACCUAAAGGUUUAUUCAUCUUUGACAAAUGUUAUAUUCAGAUAUAUUCCAUGAACAUAUUGAUCAAUAAGUCAAUAAUGCACUGGGCACAGAAAGGUUGCAUUAAAAUUACUCUGCUGGUAAAGAGCAAACUACUAAUUAAUAUAUAGCUAUAGCUACUACUAAUAAAGCCUAUAAAAAUGUCAUGGGUGAUUCAUGGCUUAUGUAGACAUUAAUAAAUUAUUGACUCAUAGCAUGUUCUUGGCUUCUGAAGAUGUUUGAAAUUUGGAAAAUAGAUCUGGUUGAAUAUAUCAUAUAUUAUAAAAAAUAAAAAUAAGCAAAAGUAUAUAAGCCUUGAAUAUGCAAGCCCAGUACAAGGCAAAGUUGAAUGUGCUUAAAUUCACUGAAAUAAAUAGGUCUGUACAUUCUAAAUCAUUAUGACCACUUUCUAUCUCCCUUUUCACUGAACAAAAGAACAUUAGAUACUAGCAGGAGAUCCUCUGAGACAUCACAUCUGUCUGUGAACUCUGCAUCAAACUUUUCCUCAAAGUAAAUUGUGGAUGUUUAAUCCCUGCUGAGUCAGUCUGAGACAAUUGCAAUAAAUCUGCUGUCAUAGAUAAGAAUGGAUCAUAAUAGGAUCAUAAUAUGCCCAAUGUUAACUUGACAUACAAAAGGGAAAAGCACACUCCAGGAACAUAAUGAAAAUAUAUGUAUCCUGCAAUCUAAGAUGGGCUGCUCCAGUGUAUAGUCCACUGUGGAUGCAUGACUAAGGCAGAUUAAUCUUGAUGUAGCAAAAUGUAACCUUCAGAAAACCAUGAGUGCUGAAGAAAAAAAAUGAUCAGGCCAGUUUAAAACUAGAAGGUGUUAUUUUUUUUACAACUCGCAAGCUUCAAAAGAAACUUGCUUCCUUUCAAUGAUAAAAGUGCUUUCUCCAUCAAUAUAAUUAUCUGUGAUGCCAAUAAAAGGUUUGAUGAUGAUGAUAUAAUUAUUUCCUGCAUGUUUGUGCCGCCCCUCCCAGUCCAGUAGUAUGCAAGGAGUAUCCCCAUGGUGCAACUCCACACACCUGCCAUAAACUUGUGAGAAAAGCCAGUUGUUUAGAUCACUUCUAUGCCGUUAAUAUGGUGGCCCAAUGUUUGAUCAUAUCAAAGCUGUAAUGUAAAAGCAAUAAAUUAUUGGCAAUAAUUUAUUGUUAUUAUUAUUCUUGCUUGAAAUAAGAAGCACAAAUCAUUACAAUCAUUACUGCAUUGCAAUAAUUCUGAGCCGAGCUAGAAAUCCAACCACCAAGGCCACCUUAGCCUCAAAUGACAAUGCUGGAUCCAAGAGUAUUCCCAAGCCGUAAAGCUUGCUCUUUCCAUAAAAGUGUAAAAGUUCUCCAAGUUCUGCUGCAUACAUAAUUCCUCUGCAUGGAAUUCAAAAUAGCACUAAGUAGAUUACUUAGUCAGUGCAAGCAUUUCUACUUUCCUGACAGAAUUAUCUCCUCUCCCCACCCUGAUUGCUGAUCACCCAACUCUCCAGAGCUGAUUUGUGGGGCAUGGGGAGCACGUGGGAGGAGGAGGAGGAGGAGGAGGAGGAAGCCCCAUUGUACUAGUGGAACAUGCUGUGGUGGCUCUGCUAAUGCAAUUAUUUAGUAGGCCUCUUUUCAGAAUUCAUUUUCAAUUUGUUGGCCUACAUCUAACCUAUUACCACUUCCAAAUACUUGUAUAGCACCUCAGCUGCCUCUCCUGAGUCAGAUGGAACAAGGAGACUGAGCUGGGUAUCAUCCACAUAUUGGUGACUCUUCACUCCAAAACUUCUAAUGACAGCUCCCACCAUUUUCAUAUAGAAGUUAAAUAGUGUGGAGAACAUGAUUGGAACACUACAGGGAAGCUCUCAUGCCAUUGAACGGUGGUCUCCUAUAAUUACUUUCUGAAAACAGCUCUGGAUGUAAGAGCAGAACCAUUGAAAUAAAGUGUCCCCCGUCCUCACCUCCAUGAGCCACUCCAAAGGAGACCAUAGUCUAUGGUACUGAAAGUCAAGAAGAAUGAACAGGCUCACAAUCCCCAUCUUUCUUCUGACAAAUAAUAUUAACCUGGAUGACCAAAGCAGUUUCAGUUCUAUGAAUGGACCUGAAGUGAACUGCCCUGAGACCUCCAGGUAUAGGGCUGUAUAUAAACUCUAACAACAACAACAACAACAACAAUAUGCAAUCUCCUUCAAACAUGCCUAAAGCUUGACCACCACCAUCAUUUUGAGGACCCUACCAACAAGGGGAUAUUUGCUACUUGAAGCUACACACUUAGUUGGCUCCUUAUCAGUCAGGAAGGAACUAUAUUGUGUUUGAAGAGAAGAUGGAUAUGAAGUGAAAUUAUCCCAGACACCACUGUUGUUUCUGGUCAGUACAUGCUCUUAACUAUAUUAGGUUCCAUUUUUAAUCUAUUAAAAAUGGCAUAACAGAAAAGAGGUAUUCUCCAACUCAUAUCAGUGGGGUUUUUUUUAGUAUCCUGCAUCUUUGCAAUGCAAGAGAUUUAACUCCCUCAGGUCCCCCUCCCAUAUAUAUAUGUGUAUCUCUCCUAUUUUUUGUGACUAUGAUAACACCCACAGUUUUUGCAUUGCUUUUGGCAAAGUGGCCUACUCAGCAAAUGCUUUAAAAGUUCUGGCUUUCUUAGUUUCUGUGUCAUUUAAUUUUAUUACAUUCUCAAAUAUUAAAUAAUCAUAAAUAAUGAAGACUCUAGGUUGAGAUAUGCCAGGAAGAAUGUUUAAACUUGAGAACAUAGUUUGGGGCCAUAGUUUUCAGAACUUGAAGACCAAACUAGGGUGCCUCUAAUAUUUGACUGCUUUUAAAAAGCCUAUUUUAUAAAUAAUGUCAUGGCCAAUAAUGCCAUGCCUUGAUUAAUACUGCACAGAAACUACUUUAAGUUUGUGUGUGUGUGAAUAAUUUUACCACAGCCAAUAGAUAACCUAUUUCCACAAAUGUUUCCAUGUUCCUGGUGAAAAUCUUUCUUUGUUGAUUUGAAGCAGAGGAGUUAGCAGGCAAUCACAGGAGCACUAGAGCAGCUUUCUUUUUUUUAAGGAGGGUUAUUGUCCAUCUCUGGGAUGCGGGUGGCGCUGUGAGUUAAACCACAGAGCCUAGGACUUGCCGAUCAGAAAGUCAGCGGUUCGAAUCCCCGCGACGGGGUGAGCUCCCGUUGCUUGGUCCCUGCUACUGCAAACCUAGCAGUUCGAAAGCACGUCAAAGUGCAAGUAGAUAAAUAGGUACCGCUCCGGCGGGAAGGUAAACGGCGUUUCUGUGCUCUGCUCUGGUUUGCCAGAAGCGGCUUAGUCAUGCUGGCCAUAUGACCCGGAAGCUGUACGCCGGCUCCCUCGGCCAAUAAAGCAAGAUGAGCGCCACAACCCCAGAGUCGGUCACGACUGGACCUAAUGGUCAGGGGUCCCUUUACCUUUUUAUUGUCCAUCUCUAGACUGCCUUCUUUGACUUCUAUGUCUACAAAACAUUACAAAGCAUUGUAGAUGUUGUGGGGGAAAGCACUUCCCCCCCUGCUUGAUUAUCAGCUAAUAUUUUCAUGUCUGAAAACUCACCCAUGGUUGAGUUGCAAAUUCAAGAGUAAAUGUCUGAGACAAAUCUUCUUCAGAAAUGAGUGAGAAUGUUUUGGCUUGAACUUUAAUUUUAUAUGUUCUUUGAGUCAUGUUCUUUAUUAGUGCAAUUUAUAUUCUUCAUUCUCACGGGUUACCCUAUUUACGCAUGUUAACUAAAUCCCCAAUUAAUAGUAGACAUAUUUUCACAACUCCUGCUUAUUUACAAAAUCUUGUAAGGAAAGAGGAGGGAGAUGGAAUAGCAGCUGCUACUUUAAGGCAUAAAAUUAGACCAAUCAUUCUUAUUUUGGAACACAUAGCAUUCUGCAUUUAGACUCUUGUGCAAAACAAUAUGCAUUAUGGUAAUUCAGUAAUUUUUAACUGAGCCACACAUGUAUGUUUCCAAGCUACACAUGGGUCUCUGUGCAAGUCAGUAAGGCAGAACUGACUGAAAUUCCAGGCUGCAGUUAGUGUUACAUUUUAACAUUGUGCUUAUACAAGAGAGAUAGAUGCAUGUAGAUGGAUUUUUGGUUAGUCAUGGCAUUAAAGUUGGGAGAAAGCAAAGCUCAGUCGUAGAGCACAAGAUGUGUACAGAGAAGGUGCCAUGUUCAGUCAUGGCAUUUCCAGAUAAAAAGUCCAGUGGUGGCAAUAUGCAAGUCCUCUGCUUGAGACCCAAGAUAUCUGCUGCUACUUAGAUGGUAAAGUAGCCUGACCUGCUAUAAAGCAGCUUUCUAUGUGUGGAAGAUGCAUUUGCACUGAUGGUCAGUUUUUGUCUAAUAAAAUAGGAGUAAUCCCACCCUGUUCUCUUUCUAACCCAUUUUGCUGAUCAAUCAUAUCUGAAGCUAAGAUGACUGUGAGGCCUUAUUGAAAUUCAUGGAGUCACAGAAGGGUGCCAGGAAGUCCGGGGGUGGGGAGACCUUGGUCCCCUCCUCCCAAGAAUUACCAUGUCUAUCCUUAUUUCCUUUCUUAAAAGUCCCUUGAAAGCAUAUGAUUGUUGAAGCCAUUAUAAAAAUAAGAGCCCUCAUCAUAAUUUUGCAGUGAUGAAUAGUUUUCUGGUGUACAAUUGGAAUAACAUGCAUAUAUAUAUAUAUCCACCCACAUAUAUAAUCAUUUUUGAUUAUAGGCAAAAUCAAGUGGACUCAAAUUAUAGAGAUAUACAGCCAUGUGAAUAACACAGCAUUCAUAUCUUAAAGCAAUUAAGAACUCACAACAAAAGCAGAAGUGGUGAUGGAGACAUAGAGAAUACUUGGGCAAGAUUUAAAAAUAUAGAAUUGAUGGAUACAGGACUUCAAUAGCAUGCUUAUCUAGGAAAUUUCAGAAGCACAGCCUGACAAAUGUCUCGAUUAUAGAUAGAAAAUCAUUCAAGGACACAUGAGUGCUGGCUUCUGCCUGGAACAAUGUCCUGCCUGGAACAAUGAGGACAUGGAACUAAAUGGGACUAAAUGUCACUGAGGGAAAGACAGAAAUCUAGGGAGCCAACCAGAAAGACAACUAAGAUGCCAGUAGACAGCAAAAGGCGAUACAAGUUGAUGGUGAUCGUGUUUUAUACAUUAAAAAAGAUUAAAAGGAAUGUAGAAGAACCUGCCUAGGCAUGACCAGCAGGCUGGCAGGAAGAAGGAUGGACUUGAUCCUAGAUGCAUGGAAACUAGUAUCUUUAUAAGUGGGGUGUUGGGUUUUUUUGGUAUAUUAUUUCUUACUCUUUAACCUGUUAUAGUUUAACAUAACAUAACAUAACAUUUGAACUAUCAGUGUUUGAUUCAGAUGGUGGGAGAACUCCAGUAGCCAGGUAUGCAUUUUAAACAGGGUGGUAGAGUCCCCAAUUUAUUUUUCAUAUUUAUUUGCAGAUUCUUAAGCCACUUCAUAACCCAAAGUUACAGAAGUGGUGUACAAUAAACAGUUUAAAAUAAAAUAAUAAUAGAAACUCAGUAAACUGAAGAACAAUAAGAACAUUUCAGAGGAAGCCUUCAUAAACAAAAACGUAUUUAAUGUCAAAAUGCCAGGUGCUUGCUAAUUUCAGUUUGUAAGUGAUUUCAGGGGCUCUUGGUGGGUGUUGAGCAUGCAACUCAUUUUUUGAACCAGCACAAGAAUUAGUGGUAGUGCAAGAGGAUUUCCCCCUCUCCUCCUCCCACUCACAUCCUUCGCAACCCAAAAUUCUGCUCUAGAAUAUUGGGGGUUGGAAGAACCUGCCCAGGACAAAUUUAGGGGACACAGGGGAAGGAAAGGGGGAGAAGUUCCAUCACACAAGAAAAAAUACUUGUACUGACAGUACAUUCACCCUAGUGCUAUGUUGAAUACAAUCCAUAUUAUAAUACCCCACACACAAAAAAUUGCACACUGGAAAUCUUUUUUUAAAAAAUGAAUACUUUAAUUCUUUAAUAUUUUGUACAGGUGCACAGAUGGGCAUUCAAGCAUUCAGCAUAGCCAUAUAUCCGUAUCAAAAACAGCAAAGUGAUGUACUUGGGUAAUAGCACACACACUGGAAAUCUAACCAAGAAUCCACUGGUCAAAAUGUAUCAUAGUGAAAGCAAUCGCCGGUCUGGCUAUGAAUAAAACACCUCUCUGGCACUAAAUUCUACAAGCUGACACUCAUGUUGCAGGCCGUUGGUACUUUAUAAAGCCUUUCCCUGACAUCCUGAUUAUUGAAUGUUAUGCAAGGCAGCAGGGGGGGGGGGGGAAGGAGGGGAGAGAGAAGAUGCACGAUUAGAAUAAGGGUGAUUUUAAUAGUAGCUUAAUGCAGUAGGGAAGAUGUAGUGCAGCAAUAAAAAUGUAAAAUGUUAGAAAAUAGCUUCCAUAAACCUGGAUUUAUGCUAUUUUUGUACAUUUCAAAUUUUCUUCAGCUCUGCAAAUUGCAAGGGAUGUUUAUAUGGUAAAGGAUAGGUUUCGUUAAUAAACCCUGAUGGAAGGAAUUUGUCACUGAACUGAAACUGGCUCAUUUAUGUGGAUUCACCAAGAUUAGUGGAGUGGAUGGCAUACAGGCAACUCCACAUUUACGUUCUGAGGCACUGCACAUUUAAGUGAAGUCACGUAUAUUGGGAACACCGUUGAAAAAGCCUGAAAACACCCUCUAAACCUAAACUCUGACUGGAGAAACCCUAUAAAAAAACAAAAAUUAAUCAAACUCCACAAUAAUCGGUUCCUCCAAACUUCCUUGCUUGAACUCCCAACACUCCAUAGGCCUCAAAGGUCAGUGCAAAGGCUCCUGAAAUUGCACUUGCAAAGGCUUGUGGGAUUGCUAGAUGUCAUUUUUGUCCCCCUUUUUUUGCUGUUUUUGCACUCUUUUUAAGGUCCUUUUUUGGCUCCUUUUCAUGCCUCGAACAUGUGUAAAUGGGGAGUUGCCUGUACAAAACAAAUUUUGCUUGGGUUUCAUGAAUAUCGUAUUUAGAUCCUGGAGUUAUUGAUCCUUCUCAGCAACUUAGACCUCCCAGAGCUGCUACUUUAGAUUUUCUCCAAAAGAAAUGUCCUUUCCCUCAAAAGAAUAUUUACUCAGUUGUGUCUCAGCAUCUCAACAUCUCAGUAUCUAAAAUAAAUAGGAAAUUAUUGGAUUAAUGAGGGUCAGAACCUUAUUAAGCAUAACAUAGAUCUGCACAGAUACUAAGAGCCAUGAGGGACCUGCCUAUUUUGACCUUCCCCCAACAUUUGCAUAAUUUAAGGUACCAAGGUUAAAUGUUCUUGCUAACAUGCCACAGCUUGUCCAGCCUGCAGAACAGAGUUUCUAACAUUGCUGCAAAGCCUGGAACUGCUCAGUGUUCUGACUCAGGACCAGACUAGAAACAAUCCCAUUGUGGGUUUAGAAUAAUAAUUGGAGGCAUGCUGGGGUAGGGCGAGUGGGAAUGGAUUGGUUUGGACUAGGAAUGGAAGGAUCUAUCCAUCUUGUUUCCAUCCAUUUUUCAAAUCUUAAAUUUCUACAGCCACAUAUAGCUUGUGAAACAUAGACCACUUACAAACGCCAUCUCCAACUUCUCAAAAGAUUCCAUUAAUGGUGUCUCCGAAAAAUCUUACACAUCACUUGGGAAGACAGGCGAACUAAUAUCAGUGUACUGGAUGAAGCAAAGAUCACCAGUUUUGAAGCAAUGAUUCUCCAACAUCAACUUCGUUGGACUGGUCAUGUUGUGCGGAUGCCUGAUGAACGUCUUCCAAAGCAACUACUCUGUUCUGAACUUAAAAGUGGAAAGUGUGGUGGUCAACAAAAGAGGUUUAAAGACUGUCUCAAGGAAAAUCUUUAAAAAUGUAGUAUAAACACCGACAACUGGGAAACACUGGUCUGCGAGCGCUCCAGUUGCAGAACAGCCUUUACCAAAGGUGUCAUGGACUUUGAAGACACUCGAACUCAGAACGCAAGGGAGAAACGUGUUAAGAGGAAGGCACGCUUGGGAAAUCCACACCGUGAUCAACUCCCACGCGGGAACCAAUGUCCCCACUGUGGAAGGACAUGUGGAUCCAGAAUUGGCCUCCACAGUCACUUACAGAAUCAUUGUUAAAACCGUGUUUAUGGAAGACAAUCUUACUCGGCUAUGAGUGAUCGUCGAAGAAGAAGAAGAAAUAUUUGGAGGGGGGAAUCUUCAUGGAAAUUCUUCAGCAUUUUAGUGUGAAUUUCUCCUAAUAAACAUAUUUUUGCAUGCAGUUUUGAUUAAUGUACACAUUUUUGCAAGCAAUUCCUCCUUAUAUAAUGCAUUUUAGCAUGUCAUUUUUACCAAUAUAUUCCUUAUGAUAUACAUUUCCUCCUAAUUUAUUCAUUUUUGUAAACAUUGUUAAGUUGGAGAACUUUAAAAUUCAAAAUGAAUUUUGAAGGAUACCGUAGUUGUGUCUCAGUUCUAAUAUUGUUUCAGAAAACGUGGAUUUGAUAGAUUUGGCUUCAUAAGCAAACUGAAUGGAAUCCCUUCCACCAUCCCUAAUUGGGGCUGAGAACUUGGCCUGAAGGAAGUGGGGCUUCGACCCAUGAUCUUCCGCUAAGGCUCCAUGACAAAUCCCCUUAUACCUGCUAUUGCAGGGAAUGGGACCUCUUCUUAAAAAAAUGCUAACUGGGUGAAUGGAGUCUUGUCUUUGGCUCCUAGUGCUUAGAGAGCAAUAAGGAACAGGAGAUUGUUUAUUGUAAAACAAUUCAUAUGUAAUUCUUAUUGCUUAAAUAAUAGGGCUAUCAUACAGGAGCGGCCAUAGUUUGGAAGGCUCACUAUGAGGAAUUGUAUAGAAGAAUAUAGAUCCAUGAUUUGGUGUAAGGCCACAUCUACUACAGUGAGUAGGGAAGGCUAAACAUUGGCAAGGUACUCCCAUGGUAAAUGUUGGCAUCUGAUAAACCUGCUUGGUAAUUCUAUUCCUUUAAAAAUGCUAUUAGCAGAGAAGUGUUAGAGAGUCUGUUGAGACUGAUGUCCUUAACAACCACACAUGAUGAGAUAUCUUGGCUGUUAGCACUGCUUUCAGUGGAGGCCUUGCCUACCCACAUAUUGGUUGGGCAAUUUGUCCAAUGGACACAUGCCAGACUUUUGAACGGUUUAUCUACAUAGCUUUGCAUAAAUACCAAGGCUGAUGCCAUCACAUCUGCAAAAUGUUCCAGAUUUUUAUAACACUACCAGGCAAUUAAUAUGCUAAAAUGGAGGGAGGUAGUAGAGGGACUAUGUAUUGAGCAUCAUUGGGUUUACCAGAAGUGGGUUAAGACAUUUUACAAUGUCAUUGUGCUAAACUUCUAUAGUUGAGAGAUAGAGAGAGAGAACCACAAGUGUUAUUAUGAUAAACAUGCUCUGUGACAUUUGGCACUGUGAAAUGAGGGCGGGGGGAGAUCCUUUGUAGGGAAUAGCUUCAUUGCCACAGAUGGAUCAAGGACAGACCUAUGAAUCAGCAUCAGUGCUCUCAAUUGGUGCUAUGUGCCUAGAAAAUGUCUGUUACAGUCUUAGUGAUAUAUUUGGCUGAAGAGCUGUGAAGCUAAUUUUAGGAUUUAUUAAUUACAAGUAUUUUUAUACUGUCCUUCAAUCAUAUUCACAGGCAGGUUAUAAAAAUAAUAAAAGAAUUAAAAUAUAAAUACAACAAAUAAAAUAAGCUUAGAGCCCAAAAGCAGCACAAAGCAGCCAGCAACAUUAAAAUCGCAUAUUAAAAGUUCAUGCUGAUAAAAAAAGUUGCUAACAUAAUAAUAAUGGAAGUGCUAGGACAGGUCCUUCAGCUGCCAAGGUGCCACAGCUAAGAAGUCUCCCUCUCUGCCACCUUCCUCAUCUCAAAUGGUGGGGACACCUACAGGCAGUCUUCUGUUGACAAUCUUAAUUUACAGAUAGAUAUGUAUGGAGACAGGCAAUUCUUCAAGUAUUCAAGCCCUAAUCCAUGAGGAACUUUAAGAGUCAAAAUCAGCACUUUGGACCUGGAAAUGGAUUGGGAGCCAAUGUUAUUUGUAACACAGGCAAUGGAGGCUGACCUUUUAUGAUAAACAGGGCACUGCCUCACUAAUCUCACUCUGCCCCCUUGCCAGCCUUCAGCUGCUUACUUUCUUACUUUCAACCAGCCCAAGGGGUGGCCCUGCCUCAAUGUUGCCCUUUUACAAUUCAUGGGGUGGGGAGGGAGGAUGAUGCGGGACAGAACUAUAAUUAGGUAGUCAUUGACUCUGGAUUCACCUACUAUUGGUCUCUUUCCUUCCACCAGUGGACACCAGCCACCACUGGGCAUGGGAACAUAAGAAGCUGCCUUGUACUGAGCCAGACCAUUGGUUGUAUAGCCAACCAUCUAGCUAUAUCUGUAUUUGAUUGUAUUUGUUUUCUUUGCUAUGGCUUGUGGCUGAUGCAAAUAAAGAUUUUAUCUAUCUAUCCAUCUAACUAACUAACUAACUAACUAACUAACUAACUCAGUAUUGUUUGCUUAUUGACAGGCAGUAGCUCUCCCUGGUUUCUCUCUGGAGAAGUGAGAGACUGAACCUGGGACCAGGGGCAGAUCUACUGUGGAACUAAUGAAGCUUCAGCUUCAGGGUCCAAUCCUAGAGGGAUGUAGUAGGGUUUGGGGGGGGGGGGUUUAAGGUGGUGAUCUGUCAUAGAACAACCCUACUGAAAAAGAUAAUAGUGGUUACCCAGACCUUGUUGCUGGUUGCAAAGAGGCCCUCAUAUCAGUUAAAGCUUCAGGUUUCCCCAAAAUGUAGGUCCUACCUGGGACCUUCUGCAUGUGAAGCAGGUGCUCUGCCACUGAGUGAUUGUCCUUCCCUUCCCUACCCUGCCCCCACCCAAUCCUUGGCCCAGAUACCCUCAGUAGGCCCACCUCCUUUUUGCUGCUUUUGUACCUUAGGCCAUUAGCUAGUCUUCUCCCUUACAUCCCAGUCCACCUAGGAGCUGAUGAGAUGAGCAUGGGCUACAACUCCUUUCAUUGCAUGCUUCUUUUGGAGGAGCAGGUGAACAUGCAGUGGCAGUAGGGAGGAGGAGCAGGGCCACCGAGCACCUUCCUGGGGCAUGGACCGUGGCAGGUGCCUGACUACUGAGCCCUGAUGGCAGCAUUGCUCACCUGAGAAUUCUAUUCAAGGCAGAUGUUCUCCCCAAACAUGGAAAGAUCCUAUCUUUCAGAAGAACCUUUUCAGAUAUCAAAUACUGUAGACUUAGCAUAUAAAUGGUGUAGUGAUGCCUACAUUUCCUGAACAGAAUGCUGAUAUGAUCAUUUUGAUGCUGUGAAAAUUACCUUGUUCACCAAGAAGAAAGGAGUUAAUCUCACUACCGUUUGCAUUAUCAGUAUUUGUGAUCAGUGACAAGAUACUCAAGGCCAAGCCUAUCAAACCAUUCUGCCAUGCCUGAAAUUGCUAACCCAGAUGUUAAGCAGGUGAUUAUAUCUAAGAAGAGAAUGCGUUCGUGUCCCAGAAAGUGAAAGAUUAGAAUGAAGGUUGCUGCAGAAGAAAGAAUGACUUGCAUUUUGUAAUAAUAAUCACCAGGUAAGGAGGAAAUCAGCCCUGAGUGUGCACUGGAAGGACAGAUCCUGAAGCUAAGGCUCCAAUACUUUGGCCACCUCAUGAAAAGAGAAGACUCCCUGGAAAAGACCCUGAUGUUGGAAAAGAUGGAGGGCACAAGCAGAAGGGGACGGCAGAGGACGAGAUGGUUGGACAGUGUUCUCGAAGCUACCAGCAUGAGUUUGACCAAACUGCGGGAGGCAGUGGAAGACAGGAGUGCCUGGCGUGCUCUGGUCCAUGGGGUCACGAAGAGUCGGACAUGACUAAACCACUAAACAACAACAACAAGGAGGAGGAGGAGGAGGACAAAAAGGAUAGUGAGUCAUUAUCAGGCAGCUCACAGUGAAGUUAUGAUUAUGGCUUCAAGAUUAGUUAAUGGAAUUAUAAUCCUUUCACCAGAAUAAUUAAUUUAGUCCACAUUAUUUGAAUAAUUUAAAAGCAUGGGUUUAGCAUUAUAAAAACACAAUUUUUAAUAGGUGGGGUUUUAAGAUCCAAGGCAGCAGUGUUUAUGGGCACAAUCUCCCACUCAACUUUCUCCCCUCCGCUAAAAACAAGGAAUUCCUUCUACCUUAUUGAUGCUUCUCAAAGAGUCCAGUGUAGACCUGAUAUUUGGGGGGCAGGAUUGCAAUCAGCAAUUUCAUCACCAGUUUCUUUGACACCGAGUUCUUGUGUUGUACUGAUGGCUAAUGUCUCUUUCAAAGACAGGUUUGUCCCAGUGUAUAAUUUACAUGGAUUUGCUUUGCGUCGAAUUUUAAUGUCACAUCUGAAUCAACAUCAGAAAGACAAAGCUUUAAUCAGUUCUAACAUUAUACUCUCUGGAGUUUGAGUUUAAGCUGUGUGGAAUAAGAUGGCCUAAGCUAAAUCCACUUCACAUAAAUCUCUUGCGCAUCCAUCUUUCUUACAGUCCACAUGGCUUCCUGUGCAUAUGUCCAUGGAAUGGCCAUUGUUUCCGCAGCAGGAGUCAUUUAAAGUAUGAAGCUGGGUGUUAUUAGAACUGACAGACCACUUCUCCCUCAAGGAUCUGUUGUCAGCCCGAAUUGGUUGCAGGAGUGGACAUAAUUAUUGCUGUAUGAUAUCUGCAGCAAAUUUGCCCUCUGACCAUUAGUGCCUAUUAUACUGCUGCUAUCCUUCCUUUCAGCUCAUCCUUACUUUACAGAAUAAGCUACAUCAGGGGUAGGCAGACUUCAGGCUUGUGGGAUCUUUGUAAUUUGCAUGAUAUGCAUGAUAUAAUACAUAAUAAUAAUAAUUUAUUAUUUAUACCCCGCCCAUCUGGCUGGGUUUCCCCAGCUACUCUGGGCGGCUUCCAACAGAACACUAAAAUACAAUAACCUAUUAAACAUUAAAAGCUUCCCUAAACAGGCCUGCCUUCAGAUGUCUUCUAAAAGUCUGGUAGUUGUUUUUCUCUUUCACAUCUUGUGGGAGGGCAUUUCACAGGGCGGGUGCCACUACCGAGAAGACCCUCUGCCUGGUUCCCUGUAACUUGGACCUCGCUGGACCUCAGUGUCUGGGCAGAAUGAUGGGGGUGGAGAUGCUCCUUCAGGUAUACUGGACUGAGGCCGUUUAGGGCAUACAGAUAACGUGUUUUUAAUAAAUCAGCAGUGUUGAUGAAGAAUGGCACAGCUACAAAGUUUACAAAACAAAAUCCACCACUGUUCACAUCAGUCAGCAGUUACCAAUAUUUGCAUUUCCAAAACACUAGGUUGGCAGGAUGGAGAUCCCCCCCCCCAAAAAAAAACUAUCAAGGGUUGGGACCUUGUGAUGCCACAAGGCAGGGGAAUGUCACAUGAUCACCAACUGUUGCGAGAACAGUUUAUUGGUAAAGUUGUACAGGGUCUUAUUAAAGGCUGAUAAAAAUGGUGGUGAGAGAAAAAAUAGGGGGAAACCAACUUUUGAGAGGGGGGACUGUUAUUUUUCCAUUUCAAUGGAAAAAUGGAAAUUUAGGGUGAAAUAGAGAAACUUCUUGGGCAAUGUUUUCUUUUCCAGAAUAUGUGAGUUACUUUGUUUUUUAAAAAACAAAAAACAAACAAAACAAAAAACAAAAAUGAUAAUGUUCCACUAAUUACACUGCUUCAAAACUCCUAGAUCCAAAGGUAAUAAUGUUGCCAACUGAAUGAACUAACCACAUCUCAGCUUGAUCAGAGAUCAUCUAGGGGAGUGCUGUUGGUUGUCUCUCAUGUUACCAAAGCCCGACUAGGCUCAACUUGAAGUCAGUCAUGUAGCGUUGCUAGUUCCACACUGUGGAACGCUUCUCGCAGCAGGCAUUCACAGGUUUGCUUUCACGUGUCUCUCGAAAACUUUUGUUUAUGCCAACAGGCCUAUUGGGUUGUUUUGUUUUCUUUAGCUGAGCCAGUCAUUUUUUAUUUUUAUUAUUUUGUGAUUUUGGAUUGUCUUUAUAGUAUUCUGUGUGAUGCACUGCCUUGGGGUUUUACAUGAGUGGGUGGUAUACAAAUACAUUUUGUAAGUAAAGAAAUAAAUCUCCUCCCACAUUUCACAGACAGAAAUGGAUAUCCUUGAGAUACCCUUAUUCCAUUAUCUAGCACUUUCACACUGCUCAAACUUCCAUACAUACACACAGGCCAGUUAUGAUAGCAUUGAUCAUAUCAGUAGUGCUGUUUCACUGCCCACUUACAUUAAUCACACUUCAUAUUCACUGCAUAUCACAUGCAUACAUCUCAUUUGCCUUUCACCUGACUGAUUCUGCUUUCUGCUGCAAGCAGGCUGGGGUGGCCGUGCUUCAUUGUUGAUUGACAUGCAUGGGUUCGCUCUGCUCCUGCAGCUUGGCCUGGAUAGGCAGGGACAUUGCUGCUGCCACUGCACAACUACCAGUCCAAAUACAAGGCCCAGACACUGCUGCCCACCAAGCAAGCAUGCCACUGCUCAUCAGCAGCCACCACCCUGGCCGGUGACAGGCAUUAGAGACAUCCUGCUGCUGCCGCCCAUGUUGGUGCAGGCAGUACACGGGCAAGACUACAGCUGCCAGUACUGUAUUGAAAAUGCAGGGCAAGGGUGAGUACCCCACUCUGCGAACUUCCCAAUAGGCAGUGUGCACUGCAGCCAUACUGUUCUCCCUCCUCAAAGGUGAACAUGGGGAAGAAGGGAAACAUGGCAAAGGUGGCUGGUCAGAGAUUUGGACUGCUAACUAGAAGGUCACAGAUCCUGAAAUCUUCGAAUUCCACCAGACAUGGAACAGAUCUUGGUUCCGAUAUCUCUUCCUGCAUCAUAGACAUGUGGGGAAAAAUUCCUCCUGGUAUUAUUCAUGUACUGAAAUAAAUGAUUUAUUGUUAUUUUUCAUUUUGUUUUCCUGCACUGUAAACAUUCUUUUUGCAGGCUUUUAUAAAGGAAUUUCUGAUCUGAGGUAACAGAUGGAUAAGUGGUCUGUGCAUGGUGAUUGCUACUUCAAGUGAGUCUUAAGGGAUGAUUCUGCUUUCCUUUAAAAAUCAGUAAAAAGUUUUGGUAAAUUUCAGUUCCGCAGCAGAUAUAUUGGUUGGGUUGGUUAAGAGUUAAUGAAUGAAACAUAAUAUGCCUAGAGAGGAUCAAGGAGGGCAAAUUGAUUACAAAAACUAGAUAAAGAAAUGCAGAUUAUUUAUACAGUAUCUUGAUAAGAAUAGAGAAUGUGGAAAUUAGACUUCUUUCAUUUAUAUAUUGAUUUGGAACAGUGUGAAAUAGUGUAUUCUAUUGCUCCUUUGAGGAGACACACGCUUUUUAAAUAAAAUGCAAUGACUGAGCAAAAUGAAGCAGAAGGUCGCUUUGGGACUGUGGAUGAUCUUAGCCAAUUGUUCAGUUUUGUCAGUAGUGUGUCAAAUACAUUUCAAGUUUGGUUGUAACUAUUACUAUAUUAUUAUGGAUUCAGGUAGGUAGCCGUGUUGGUGUCAUGCAGUCAAAAUAAAUAAAAAAAUAAAAAAACAGUCCAGUAGCACCUUAGAGACCUACUAAGUUUUAUUUCAGUAUGAGCUUUUGUGUGCAUGCACACUUCUUCAGUGUGCAUUUAUAUUAUUAGGUUUGUAUGGCACUUCCAGGAAUAAUAUACUUCUCAAAAUAGAGCAACACAAAAAACCAGAAACAAAAAACCCCAGGCUAAUAAAUGGUUUUAUAUUUGUGAUUAAAGCUGCUAAUGGUAAACAACGUGCAAUUUUUUAGUCAAAAGAUCCAGCUUGCAAGUAGUGGACAAUUCUCUGGUCAGAAUUGUUUGUUAUGCCUAGCAGAUGUUCAAUGAAGAAUUCACAUAGUAAGGCAGCAGGCAUUAAGAUGAAAAAUAUGUCAAGGUCACUUUCACAGUAAUUCCCAAAGAAUUUAUACCUGGACUAACAUUCAUUGUUGUUGCCUGAGGGGGGUCUGGCAUGACAGACAGAACAAUGACAGACAGAACAAUAGUAAAGUGCUCUACUAAAUUUAAGGACUAUUUAUUUAAAUCAUGGGUGUGGACAGUGUUUUUGUGUGGCGGUACUCAUCAGUACAGAGAACUAGCAAAUCUUUUUUGUGGCUGCCCAUAGCAGCAAUUUUGUGCUGGCAUCAAUGGCAUUUUUAUCAAGUAAUUACCGUAGUACCGGUACCUCAUUUUAAAAAAAAACAAAGAAUUUUAAAAAGAAUUGGGUGUGGAAAAACCACUUUUCUCAGGACAACCCACCACUACCAUGUUGCAAUGCCAAUGGAAGCUCCACUCCCUCCCCACAAGCCUAACUGUACCUUGAGGAAGGAUAUUUCAAAUUCAAAAUGUUUUGAAUGUGGUACUUUGGGGAGGAGAACUGCUGAAAUUGCUUGCGUCUCCAUUGCACUGAGGAAAGCCUUCUUGCGAUGGAGGAAGAUUGGAAGAAAUUCAAAGACUAUCUUCAGAAACACUGCAAAAUUAAGGAAUGUUAGAGUGAUGUUGGAUUGAAAAUAAGUGGUUUCCAGCUGUACAGGUUAAAGCUAGGAUAGAUUAAGAUUAAAGAUUAAGAUUGGGAAAAAUUUAAAGGUAUAUGACAUUAAGAACAAGGAUUAUGUUUAUGUUAUAUAGUUUAAUAUUUUAUUAAAUUAAAGAUUGGGUUUAAAAAAGUGGAAAAGAAAUUGCUGGACAAAUAAUGUAGAUUGGAAUACAAAAGAGGGAGGUAUGAGGAAGUCCAGAAAAUAAGUAAUUCAAAAUUGGGAAUGUAAAAGAGAGUUUGUUUUAAAUUGUUAUGUUGUGUGUUUUUAUUGUUAAAUUUUGUAUUGUUUUUUUGUGUGUGUUGUUUUUUCUUUUUUCUUUGUUUAAAACUUUAAUAAAAAUUAUUUAAAAAAAAAAAGGAAAGCCUUCUUGUCAGCUGAGUGACACCACUGAACGCAAUCCAUAUUCAAAUGCCAUGCCAAUGUAAAAUUGGAUGAUGGUCUGGCGUUCAAAUCCCAACUUAUCCUGAACUCGGGGCAAAAGUAGUGCAAUCUGAAAGCAAUUUUUAAACCCAAGGAUCUCUAGGCCUUGAAUUCAUCUUCAAAGUGCCCUAACCCUUGCCUCCUGAAAUUCUUGAAUUUGCAUCAAAAGUCCUUAAAGGUAGCCGGUGUACAAUUCAUUGUAAGAAACUCUUGUUUCAGCUUUUCCUUCUCUGCCAAACUUAGGCAUAUGAUUGGUGUUUUUGCUGCAAGGCAGUUGUCUAAAUCUAUUCCUGGAGCUACUAUGUCUACAGUUAUUGAAAUAAUUGUGUUCACACAUUUUGGCUGAGCCGAGCUUCAUUUGGUUAGGCUGCGUCAGCAUUUCCAUUGUGAAGCACACCAGUUUGAAAGGUAUUAAAAAGAAACCAAUCACCAUAGUUGCAUAAACUCUAGUGUUUGAAAGAUGCAGCAUCCACACAGACAAUUUUGUAAUUAAGGAAAUGUUAUGUACUUUAUCCCUUUGCGGCCGCCUCAAUUAUCUUUUUGAAAAGAUAGUUUCUACCCUGACAAAACUAAAUGUCGCUGUGAUCCAUCUGUCCUUCUGUGUUCAGCGGCCCCAAGCAGUGAGAUGCACCCAGAACACUCCGAUGGUGAGUAAGUCAGAUCUGUUAAUAAAUUCCUGGGGAAGGGUCAGAUCUGUGCAUAAAUUGUUUUUUGUAACUGUACACAGAUCACUUCCCUUCCAAUGGAGUGAAAAUGGAAGCCCAAACAAACACAAGCUCCAUGUGUUAAUUAAAGUUCAAUGACAACGAUAGAUACAUUAUUUAACCAUCAAAAAAACACGUGGGGUGAGUUCUGUUGCACUCAAAUCUGUUUGAUUCCCAUAGGCAUCUGGUUUGCCACUGUUAGAAUAAAAUCCUUGACUAGAUAGGCCAUGGGUCGGCAAACUAAGGUCCGUGGGCCAGAUCAGGCCCAAUUGCCUUCUGGAUCCGGCCCGCGGAUGGUCCAGGAAUCGCCGUGUGGAUCGCCAGCACUCAGUUCUUUCCCUCUCCCUCCCUCGGCAGUGGUGGCGCCUCCUCCUCCCUCCCUCCCUCUUGGCUUCUUCCCGCCCUGCCUAGAGGAGGAAGGGGGCUGGACUUUGUUGGUGCCAGCAGCAGCAGCGCUCGAACGACCACCAUUUUAAGUAGCCCCUCUCCAGAGCCCUUUCGAGGGCCACUCAUCGUCCCUCCACUGCCGCCAGCCCUUGCCACUUGCAAGACACAGGCGCCGCAGUUGGCUGAACGCCCCUCUCAAGUGGCUGCCAUUUUAAGCAGCCACUCUCUGGAGCCCUUUUGCACACUGCUUAUCAUCCCUCCGCCACCAUCGCCAGCCCCUGCCACUCUCAAGACACAGGUAAGCAGCCACCGGGGCUCGUGGCGCUCUUGCAUCAUCUCCCCCCCAAAAAGGUCCAGCCCCCCACAAGGUCUGAGAGACAGUGGACCGCCCCCCUGCUGAAAAAGUUUGCUGACCCCUGAGAUAGACCUUUGGUUCAAUCCAGCAAAGUUUUUCUUCUUAAACUGGUGUUUACUUAAACAUAUUUUUUUCCUACCAUUAUAAAAAGAAGGAAAAUUUAAAGCAUGUUUUUACUUUCUCAGAUUUUAAUUUAGUAUAUGACAAUUAUAACUCACCACUUUCGAAUAAUUCCUUAUCAGCCUGUAUUUUUACUUCCUUUUGGAUAGAGGUGUUUCGUACACCGGCAGUGCAACAUAUCUGCUCAGAUGUCCCACUGAGCUCAGGGAGACUUCAGGUAAGCGUGCAUAGGAGUGCAGCCUAAAGUGAUUUUAAAAAACAAACAACCUUAAUUAUAUUGAAUGUGAUGCUCACCUAAUUUAAAAUUUAAUUUUUAUUACCUAGGUCCUGGUGUAAUAAUUGGGAUAAUAAUGAAAGUGAAACGUUCUAUUAGAAUAAAAGUAAAGCCCAAAAAAUAUGAAUUAUUCCUCGGAAGUCCAUUUUGCAAUUCCAGAACAACAGUCUUUUGAAAAUAUCAAAGAAACAAACUACAUAAAGAGCAAGGGAUGCUGGCUUUGAUUUGACCAUUUGGCAUACCGCAGUCUUUUUAUUCCCAGAAUUUAUGGGAUCAAGAGACCAACAGGAGAGAUUAAAGAGGUUGUCAGCUGCUAAACUAAUCAGUAAUUAUCAAAUGUUUCCACUGAGUCAGGACAUUAAAGAAUGUGCCUACUGAAACACUUAUUACUAAAUUAAUAAGAUGACUAAUAAUCAAAUUGAUGUUUAUGAAGUCUUAUUCUUUUUAAGGCAGGCAGCCCAACCUGGAUAUGUUAGAGAUGAGUGCUGAGGAUCAUGGGGUGGCUCACAACAUUAAUCUAUAUUGGGAAGCAUCCUGAACCAACAUUUGAUUUGUGUUUUAUUUCAAAACCAGGACAAAACUGUGCUCACAACAUAGCUGAGGCACCUAAGUUCCACGUUUUAUAUUAUACAGUAUGCUAACCAUUUACAAUGGGAUUAUAUUCCAGAGAUUAUGCCUAAAGCCAAAAUCAUAUAUAGUCAAAACACUUUGGGUGCAAUGGCGGGUGGCCAUUGCCAAAGUCUUUCCCCUAAGAUGUUUGCCCCCUUUCCUUCCACUUUUUAAUCCUUAAAAAAAAAAGAAAAAGAUUAAGCACGUAACGCUGAACGCACUCAAGUUAAAUGUUUGUAUAUUGAGGGUCUACUGUAUACUUAUAUAUUUUUAUAUUAUGUUUGUUUCCACCCUUAGAUAGAGAAAUAGAUUCCUUACAAGCCUAGCUAACGGAGAAACAGAUGCAUGGAUAUCCGAAUAAAUUUAGCUUUUGGGAUCAUUGGUGAAUAUUCCUUUCACACCUGUUCUUUCCAUUCUUUUAUUCGUAAACAAUGUUCUUAAACUUUCAUCGAACCCUUACCCCCAUAGUAAGCAAAUGAAAUAGUCUUGCCUCCAGCACUCCAC